UCGUCUCAUCACUCGACGGUCCGACUCCGUCGGAACGUUGCGUGCGCGCAUUCAAUCGCCAACUCUCAUUGCAUUUACAAAUAGUAUUUCGAUAAUUAUUCAAUAAAACAAUAAGUAUAAUAAUAAUUAAAUUAAUAACAAGUAAGUUUUUAUUAUUAUUCACUUGUAAUAAAUAAGUUUAUUGACGGACAAUGAAUUAUAACCUUGAAAUUAAAUUGAAAUGCAGCACAUCGGGUUAAGGUUGUUUACAGUGAAAGUUUUAGGUUAGAGUUCGAUGACAUAAUAUCAAAGUGUUGUGGGUGUAUUAAAAACAUUGAGUGAAUUUCCGGCAAAUACAGUGAAAGGAAAUAAAGCGCUACUAAGGGACUUUCCAACAUGACCAUCCGGAGUAUGACAGUAACCGAAGCUCGUGACAGCACGAAGAGAUGCUGCAGAGGACCAUACAAGCUAAGGACCAAAGUUAUAAUUACUGGUCUGGUGCUCCUCGUCCUGGUAUCUGCAUUGAGUGGCUUCCUCAUCGGCAGUGCUGACUACGCGGCAUGGAAGAACUCGGAACCACCAGAUCCACUGCGUCCAUUAAAACCCUCGCCGUCUAUUCUGCACAUCUUCCAACGCGCCGCCGUGUGUACCGAUGCACCACAGUGUUCGAAGAUCGGCAGACAAAUCCUCGUCUCAAAUGGUUCCGCGGUGGACGCAGCGAUCGCUGCGAUGUUCUGCAACGGACUGUACAACCAGCAGAGCAUGGGGCUCGGCGGCGGGUUCUUCAUGACCGUCUACAUAAAGGAGGAGGGCAAAGCGUAUACUGUAGUUGCGCGAGAGACAGCCCCUGCCGCCGCCACCGCAAACAUGUUCCAUGGGAACUAUGAUAAAGCGAAGAAAGGUCCACUGGCUUUGGGCAUUCCUGGUGAACUGCGGGGUUUAUGGGCUGCGUACAAGAGAUGGGGCAAACUUCCCUGGGAGAGUUUAUUGGCCCCCACACUGGCUCUCUGUGAGAAUGGCUAUGUCAUGUCAAAAGUCCUAUUCGAUGGACUUGAAAGUGCACCCUAUGUAAAGAAUGAUCCAAAUCUAAGGAAAACGUACUACAAUCCUACAAAAGGCCAGUUCCACAGACCAGGGACGGUUGUGAAGCCGAGUGAAGCAUUAUGUAAGACGUUGAAGGUGAUAGCUAGGAACGGUGGCGAUGAACUAUACAAUGGAAGCCUCGCUGUUGAAUUCUUAGAUGAUUUACAGCGCGCCGGCAGUAUCGUUACAGCUGACGAUCUGAGAAAUUAUCAAGCGAAGAUAACGGAUUCUUUAGCUGUUCCUCUAAACAAUGGCGACGUGCUGCACGUCCCGCCACCGCCCAGCAGCGGCGUCAUCCUCGUCAAUAUACUGAAUAUACUCAGCGGUUACAAUUUUACUCAUAACAGUAUUAACACCACUGAAGACAAAAUACUCACAUACCAUAGGAUUAUAGAAGCAUUUAAACACGCGUAUGGGACGCGGACUAAGCUUGGUGAUGCUGAUUUCUUAGAUUUACGUGAUCUAAUACAAAAUGUGACGUCACCAAGCUACGGCGCGGAGAUACGAGCUAGAAUAAACGAUUCCUCGACCAGCAAUGACACAGCGGUGUACGGCGCCUCCGAGUACAACCAGCCGGACGCCGGGACUGCACACAUCUCUAUUAUAGGCAACAAUGGAGACGCAGUCUCUGUAACCAGUUCUGUUAAUUACUAUUUCGGCGCUGGUUUUACAACUCUUAAUACCGGUAUAGUGAUGAAUAAUGUAAUGGACGACUUCUCUCUACCGGGCUUUAUUAAUUACUUCGGCUUGAAACCGUCGCCCUCUAACUUUAUAGCGCCGGGCAAGCGGCCGAUGUCAUCAAUGAGCCCCAGCAUCAUUGUGGACAAGGGAGGCAAUGCUAAGCUCGUGAUUGGCGCCUCAGGUGGUACGAAGAUUACCACAGCUGUGGCAUUGGUGGCAAUGCGCAAGCUGUGGUUCGGACAGACGAUUAAGCAGGCGGUGGAUGAAGCACGUCUGCAUCACCAGAUAUUCCCCAUGAACGUCCAAUAUGAAUACGGUAUUCCACAGGAUAUAAUAAAGGGUUUAAGAGCAAAAGGUCACGGCGUGGAGCGCUACCCGGGAAGAGGCUCCAUAAUCUGCGCAAUGUACAGAAAUAGAACAGGAAUCUACGCCAAUGCAGAUUUCAGAAAAGGUGGCGACGUCGCCGGCAUUGACUAGCAAAAAAGUAAUAAUAUUUUCAAAGACAAUAUUUGACGUAGCAGCGGCAUUUUAGCGCUCCAUGGCUAGUUCAACGCACAAAUACUGGUUUGUUGUAGAUAUUUAAGCAUUUACUGACUUUAUUUUUAAAUGUAUCACAGUUUUAACUUGUCUGCUUCUAAAGCAAUAAUGUGCUGAAAGUGUUUACAAUACUAUGUCACAACUACGGGUCUGCGUCAAAACGCUUUAUUUAUGUAUUGAAUUGAUCAAUUUAAUCCCAUUCAGAUAAUUAAAAAAACAAUAUUUAUGCAUUUUUUAGCUUUGAUCAUGGAAAUUGAGCUUAUACUUUCUCACGUUCCUACCACGGCAUACAAAAAAAUUUAAUUUUUAAGUUCUUAUGCAAUUUAUAAAGCGAACUAUAAAAUAAUAA